AUUCGGUUUUAAUUUGAAAUAAAGUAAUCAUUCACAUAAAUUUUUUAGUUUUUCGACUCCAAAUUCGGAGAGGUAUUACUCAACAAUUUUUACAGUGCAGAAAAUAACCCUCAAUAAAAAUAAUUAUGUUUAUUACAUUAAUUAUAGCAUUAAUUUUUUCUUAAAUUUAUCAAAAAUAAUGUUUUUUUUCUUAACCUAUUCAGAUGAAUUUGCAUUUCAUUCAACAAAUGCUGAAAGAAGAUCUUACAUAGUUUCAAAAAAUCCUAGCAGUGAAGAACAUUAUUCAUCGCCAGAGCAGAGAACGACCGAUUUAUCUAAUAAAGGAAUACAGAAAAGCCAAAACUUUUCAUCUACACCAAAGAGAACAGAUAUUGAUUACGUUGAAGAUUUAUCUCUGGACAAUCCUCAAUCUCCGGAACAUACUAAAUCACAAUAUCCUUUAAAUUUCUGGACAGGAAAACUGCCAACAUAUUUAUCUCCGACCACAAGUGAUCCUCAAUGUCGCUUUCUACCGAUGGUUCCAUCUUUCUUGUAUCCUCAUAUAUCUGGUAACUGGCCAUAUGCAUAUUAUGGCCCAUCCACGACAAACACCGAAACAGCACAACUGUACGGCAACAAAUCAACUUGCUUGCCAAUUGAAAGAAUCGAUCCUAUUGGACGUUUCCCGGAAGGAGACUAAAAACAGUAAAAUGAUCUUAAUGGUCUAACACUGAUACUUACAAUCUCAAAGAUAUAUCGUUCAGCAGUAGCAAAUUUUUGAAAAGUCCUAACUACAGUCUCUUUUGGAGCAAAUUCGUAGUUAUGUUGAUCUUGCAAAUUUGGUCUCAUGUAAUUUUUUUCCCUGUAGUCCCGAAUUUCCUGUAUUCUGAUUUUCACCUGAUAAUAUUUAUAUUAUAAACUAUUCAUAUUAAGUCAAUCAACUUGCAAUACAAAUCAACUUGCUCACCUCUUGAAAAAAAUCUGUCCUAUUUAAUUUUUCAGACUCUCAAAAAUAAAACUCUCUCUUUUCACGAUUCAUCAAUACUUGAGCUGUAUUCUGUAAAUUUUGAGAAUCAUAUUGUCACGAAAUUGUGUGAUUUGUGACGAAAUACAAACUGUAAAUAUAAGACUAAAAUGUUUCCUCAACUCUGAACCCUAUCGCUGUACAUUAUGGGAUAAUGCUAAUUAAUAUGAAGACUAGACGAUUGAAAUUAAAAUGACGAAAUAGGCCGACCGGAUGUAUGGUGGACAAGGAGUUGACCUCACCAGGAAGAUACUGGGUUCCAGUCUCGCUCCGGGCAUGGAUGUAAUUCAUCGCUCUAUCCUGUCUGUUUUUCUUGCGUUGUUGGAGAGAUGUUCAUCUAACUAUGUGGUGGCCUCGAAAAAGUGAUCAAUAACAAUACCACCCGUUAGAUUCCAUAAGACAUUAAAGUGCCUCAUGGAUUUGUUUUUGGAAAAAUUGGAAUAGCGAAAUAUUUCCUUAAUUUUUAAGAAAUUCAUUUUCUCAAGGAAGUGAUGAUAGCUAUUUUCUCACAUUGGCGAAGAUUUUGCUCAGAUCAUAUACCAGGAAACGGUUUCGUCAAAAAUGAAGAAAGUUUUGCAAUAUUUGAAUAUAUAUUUCGUUCAAUUCGCGGGAAGGGAACAAAAGCAGUAUAAUAAUCCUGAUGCUCUUUAACUGAUGUAGGCUAUUUCGCAGAUGUAUCAUUCAUCAGUUUCAAAUUGUUUGAAAAUUCAAAACUACAGUCUCUUUUGGAAUAAAGUAUUCAUCUUGCGAAUGGUUCUCUCAUAUAUUUUUCCGUAGUCCCAUAUUUCCAGUAUUUCGAUUGUAACUCGCAUCGAUUAUGAAUCAUUUAAAUUUAAGUACAGAAGUAUCAAAAUUAAACAGCAGUGCCCCGAUUUCAUGAUAAUUGUAAAAGGAUUAUCGCAUUCGGGCAGUUCCUUCGAAGAAUGUAUCAUAAUAUACUAUAUUUCACACUAUCAAUGGAUUACGAUGAUAUUUAACAAUUACAAAAAAUAAACGCCAUUACACUGAAGAUUAAUUUAUGCCUAAUUCUAGUUUCUGUGAAUCACAGCCGACCUUAACUUUCUCGAAGCAAAAACUUAAUAUCGAAGAAAAAUAAAAUCGUUUAACUUCAUAUCUGUGGAUAAACUUUUAGAAAUUUUCAGUAUCUUUGCACGCAAACCAACCAUAGGCUAAUUCAAUGCAAAACAUCUCACAGCAACCAAAAAAUAAAUUUUCUACUGGCAAAAUCCAACAAUAAUGCAUCGAAAAUAUGAAGUAAAUUUUGGAAAACUGAAAAAAAUUUCAUUAAAACAUGAAAAAUGUACAGUAAUGUAUGAAACAUUAAAAAAGAUACCAAAUAACUGGGCUAAAGGUCAUCGGUUUUGGUUCAUAUACCAUGCCAUAGAAAAAUAAAUUAUGGUUAAGAUUUAACAACUUUAUAUUUCAACUAAUAAAUGUAGUUGUAUGCAUAAUAUACUUUCUAUGCGUAAUUACAUAUGAAGUCUUGAGUGAAUCAAAGCGUCAUGCGUAUAAAAACGUCAUUACAAUAAAUUAGUCACGUCUCAUUUGCGUCAAAUUUUUUAUAAGUUGUAUCAGAUAUCUCAUCUCAGUCAAAUUGUUUACAAUUUCAUGAUGAAAUACACGAUCUUCGUGUCCGUUAUUAAAAGUGCCAAAGAACAAGACUAAAUAUCAUUAUUGUUUCAUAUGACUGUUAUGGGAAAAAUUGAUUAUUAAGAUUUAGAAACUUAAUUGAUAAGAAGUAUUAAAUACGUUUAUUGUGCAAUGUUCUGAAUUUAUAAAAGGAUAACUAUCAACUUGUAAUAAAAUUAAGUAAGAAUUUUCAUAAAUACAAGCUACAUUCAUAUGUAUUUACAAAAAGUUGUUACUUCAAUUAAGAUGUAAUUUUCUUUGGUUCAUUUGUAUCAAAUUUUAUUGCACUCUAUUAGCACUACAAGCAGUUAAAUCUAAAAUUCCUUAAAUAGUGAAGAAAAUAAAAGUAUCAAUCUCUCAAGCAUUGGUUUAUUUGUGAAACAAGAAUUUAAGAAUUUCGGAAAAAAAAAAAGCAUUUUUGCUCUACUUCUUUAAAUCUAAGUUGUCAUUUCAAAUAUGAAUUAUUACAUUUAUGAAUAAAAAAGAUACCAAAAAUGUAAUAAUUGUUUUUUAUGUUUUAAAAACAAUAAUAUCAAAUUGUUGAAUUAUGCAUGUAUGUAAAUUGUAUAGAUAGCAAAAUAAAAAAAGUGUGUAAAAAAUCA